UUCAUACUCGAACGCUAUAGAAUCUUGAUACUCUGGUCGCAAAUCUCAGAAAUCUUUUCCUGGCAUCAAAAUGCAGCGUCAGCGCUCAGGUUCCGAUGAAAGAAUUCACAUAGUGACUCUAGACGUGCGAAAUUACCGCCCUGACGAAGUCAGUCUACGUGUUGAGGGAGACAUCUUAGUUGUGAAAGCUAAACAUUAUUCCGACGGGAACUUUGGUUUUGAGCGCAGUGAGUUCCAGCGUACUUAUCCCGUCCCGCAAGAUGCGGAUCCCGCCAGCAUCACGUCAAAAAUCUCCAAGGAUGGUUAUCUGACUAUUGAAGCGACCAGAAAAAUCGUCAGGGCCGAAGACGAUUUUCCGCUCGGGGGCUUUGAAACGCGGGCGGGAGAGGUGGCGCGAAUCGAUGACAAGAAAUUCAGUGUUUUGUUAGAUGUGACAAAUUUCGCGCCCGAGGAGAUCAAAGUGAAAGUUGUUGGAAAUGAGUUGACCGUCAGCGCAACGCACGAAUCCGAAACAGAGGGGCAUUACACAUCUCGGAAAUUCAAUCGUCACUUCGUUUUGCCAAAAGACGUCGACAUGAACUCCGUCGUAUCGCGUCUCACUGAUGAAGGAAAACUUCUGGUUGAAGCUGAAAGGCAAGCACUACCUCCCCCAAAGGAGAGGUUUAUCAGCAUCGAAAAAGGAAAAAAGGCCUAAGGUGAACAGAAACAGCGCCGUAAGAGCUGACAUUUAAUUCAUUUAAUCAUGUCAAUUGUUAAAUUGUGAUCAGAAAUUUUUAAGUAACGACAAGAUAAUUUUUCAGUCUCGUAAAUGUUGUGUGGACCUAGAAUAGAUUAAUUCUUGUAAUUUAGAAGAUUGGAUCACUAUCUCAGUAAAAAAUUAACGAAAACUUGAAGCUAGAGAUUUCUUCAGCCUCUGCUCAUCAUCUGUUAGAUAACAGGGAGGGAGAGGAGAUAAAGAUGAUGUCUAAGGUGAUACAGAACAAAGAGGUAACAAAGCGACUAGACGUUUGCGAACAUUGUAAUAACCUGGGUUAUAAGUGGAUGUGCUGUUAGUCCGUCAGAACCAAGUUGUCUCGCGGGAGUUCCAAACAAACACACAAGCUUGUAAGUCACGUUUUAGAAGCGUAUAAGUUUUCUAAUAAAGGCCCAAAUAAAAGAUUAAUCAACAGGU